UCCUUUUUUCCCUGAGGCAACUCAUUUCAACUGCCUGUGAAUCAGGACCUGGAAACAGCAUGGCUGCCCAAGAGACUUCUGCAGAUAUCAGUAACAUUUCAGAGCUGGAUUCCACUUAUAUUGAGAGGUUGUACCCUCAAUCAAAUUUUAAUUUUAGCAAAAUUAUGGAAGAAAUGGAGCUAGAAUACCGGCAAAUUCGAAAGCAACUGAGAAGAGGGUUUAAUCCCAGAAUGAGAAGUGAAGCCAAAAGGUUAAAAACUUUCCUCUCCCUACCUAGUGAUUGUAAAUCAGGUUGGGCACCCUCAGAAAUGGCUGCAGCUGGCUUCUAUUAUACUAGUGUUAAGACUGCAAUACAGUGUUUUUGCUGUGGAUUAGUUUUGCUUGCAAGAAGUCUUGAAAGGCCACCUUUUGUGGAACAUAAAAAGCUAUGGUCCAGUUGCAAAUUUAUUUUAGGCGAAGAGGUUGGUAACAUCUGUAAAUAUGAUAUUCGAGUACAGAAUCCAGAGAACAAUUCUCUAGAAGUAAAAAAUAAGCACAAAGAAAUGGAGUCAAGACUUGAAUCCUUCACCAACUGGCCAUCUUAUUGCAAAGAGAUACAGCCUGCUUUACUAGCUAAUGCUGGAUUUUUCUAUACAGGCAUAAAAGAUACAGUUCAGUGUUUUGCCUGCUCUGGGUGCCUGGGAAAUUGGGAAGAAGGUGACGAUCCAUGGAAAGAACAUGCAAAAUGGUUUCCUGAAUGUGAAUUUCUUCAAAGGGAGAAGUCCAGAGAUGAAAUUAAACAGUAUAUUCAAAGUUAUUGCGGAUUUUUUGACAUCACGGGGAAGCAUUUUGCAGCAUCUGCCAGGAAAUGUUUACCUUCUGACCCAGAGGAUUUAGAACCCUUUCUGAACAUCUAUAAGGAUGAAGAGAUUCGACUGGAAUCCUUCAAAACGUGGCCAAAAGAUGCACACGCUGACCCAGCAAUUCUGUCUAAAGUAGGUUUCUUCUAUACAGGGAAAAAUGAUACUGUACAGUGCUUUUACUGUAGUGGGUGUGUGAACAACUGGAAAGAAACUGAUGAUCCUUGGGAAGAACAUAUGAAAUUUUUCCCUCAUUGUAAGCUAUCAGAUCCAGAAAGAUGGAUAUCAUCGGAAAAUAGCAAAAUGCAACCAGAGGCCGAGUCACAGCAUGAAAAGCAAACAUAUUACAAUGAGACUUUAAAUGAGAUAGAAGCUGUCAGCUCAGCCACAACCAACAUUGUUCUGGAUGAACAUGAAUGGCUGCAAAGAAAGCUCUCAGAAGCUUAUAAUGAUUUCAGUUUCAGGAAAACAUUUUCUUUUGGGGAUCACACUCAUUUUGCCGUUGACUUGAAAUUGCUUUACGGGGAUCUGGCCAUUGUCUCCAAGGACAUCAGUAACCAACCACAGCAGCAGCUGACAUUGCCUGAGAUCCUGGAGAGCUUUUAUUCCAUUACAGUAAUAGAAGGAGAGGCAGGCAGUGGAAAGACUGCAUUGCUUCGGAAAAUAGCAAUUCUUUGGGCCUCUGGAUGUUGUCCCAUACUCAGCAGAUUCAAGUUAGUUUUUUAUUUGUCCCUGAAUUCUGGAAAACCUGAUCAAAGUCUGGCCGACCUUAUUUGCAAUCAGGUAAUAGGGCUUAAAGGGACCUUGACUGAAGAUUUUCUGAAGAACAUAUGCCAAAGUUUAACUAACGAGGUCCUGUUCCUUUUGGAUGAGUUUGACACGAUGAAUGGGCUUCCCUGUGCAAUUGAAGAUUUGAUUCAAAAGAACUAUUUGAACAAACACUGCUUGGUUAUUGCAGUGCGUCCUCACCAAGUUAGAGGAAUUCGCCAACAUGCAAACACUCUUCUCAGUAUUUUGGAAUUCCCAUUAAGUAGCACGCUCUAUCUGUUAAGAAAACUAUUUUCAUACAAUGUUCGGCUUUUAGGAGACUUUUUUAUUCAAUUGUCUUACGAAGAGACCAUGCGUUCCAUGCUGAAGACUCCCCUUUUUGUUGCAGCUCUUGCCUCAUACUGGGCUCAGAAUCCCAAUGGCAACAUAUUCACUGGUACUGUCAUUUUAAAAGCCUACAGACUGUACAGCUUGUUGAAAUAUCCUCAAGAAGUGGAUCGCAUGAAAGCCAUGAUGUCUGCUUGUGGUGAAUUGGCUUUACAAGGUGUCUUCAAAUCCCUCUUUAACUUCAGUGAGAAAGACCUGUCUGAAAUUGGGAUCAAUGUGGAGGAAGCUCUUUACUUUGGAUUGCUGAGCAAAUUUACUGCCCAAAGGCUCCAGCCACUCUAUAAGUUCUUCCACCUUUCCUUCCAAGAAUUUCUUGCAGGACAAAAAAUGAGUGAGCUCUUGGCUUCAGACGUGCAGUCAGAUAAAAAGAAAGGCCUGGAAUACUUGCAGCAAAUCAACACGUUUGUGAAAAUUAAUGGGCGCUACCAAUAUAUUUUGAGAUAUGCUUGUAGUGAACCAUCCAAAGCAGUACCCAUAAUAAUAUCCCACCUACUGAAUUUACCCAGUUGCAAGAAGUCACUUGAAAGCCAGUCAGAUAUUUAUCUGCAACAAACUCCAGACCUUAAUUUAAAAGGAUACGACCUUAUCAGCAUUGCCUCUAGUUUUAUUCCAGAGUAUCAUCACUCAAAAUUCAUCGAAACUGUACUGACAAUUGCUACUGAGUUAGCCUAUCAAAGCAAUAUGAUUUCCGAUUGUGCACCUAUGAUUUUAGAGAUUCUGACUGGAAAAGAGUUUCCUUUAUAUUUGUUGAAAAGUGAAUCCAUCCAUCAAUUAUGUCUGGAUUAUCCAGAAAGUUUGUUCUUACCAAGUAGAUUUGAGGAAGUGCUUACAGGCAUGGAGAAACCUAUUGAUAUGGCUGCCGUGGAAAGUGCUUUUCUCAACUUGAAGGUUCCAUCGGUCGAACCAAUAUACACCCAAGCUUUUCAACUGUUCAGUAAUGUUACCCAGCAACUAAAAGAAGACUUAGAUUCUAUUAAUAAUUUUAGGAGCUAUAGAUGCAGAGAGAUUCCGGAUUCCAUAAUAACUCCAUUUCUCUGUGUGAAAAGCCGUGAGAAGAUUCCAUAUCUGAAAUUUGUUGUCAAUCACAUGACUUCCCUUGAAGCUCCUGAUAUUGAGAAUUUAAAAUUGCUCUUCUCAUUUUUUGAUAAUAUUGAACUCAAUUUGCAAAAUUGCAAAGGCCUCCUUGAGAAUAUCAAGAUGGCUAUUGAAGAGAACUUGAAGUCUUUUAAAGUCUUCAGCUUAGGUAAUACUGAACUGAAUGAGCUGGAAGAAAACCUACUUCUUUCAAUGUCUUCACUUGAAUCCCUUGACAUUAAGUGCAGUGCUUCAGUACCAGAAACGCUUUUUGCAAAUUUGGACAAAUACACGUUUUUAAAGGAACUCUCGUUGAAUCUAUCUGACUGCCAGAAUAUGUCUGAUACAUAUUCCCUAGAGGGAUUCAAAAAUCUUCAUAACAUUGAGAAAUUGAUCCUUUACAACCUUCAGUUUAAAACAAAUUCUGCCUGGCUAGGUGAACUCAUACAGAACUCUCCAAAUCUCUCUCUCUUCCAUUUGCAAAACUCACCCUUUUUAAAUAUGGGAGCUCUUAUGAAUGCAAUGUCUUCCUGCAAGAAACUUACUGAAAUUCUCCUCAAUGACUUGAAUGUUGGAGAUGAAGAUCUGUAUACCCUUACUGCUGUUUUGCCAAAUUUUACAGCAUUAAAGAUACUGAAUCUCUCAAGAUUAUAUUUUGAAAACAAGGAAGCAUGCACAGGACUGGCAUUAGCUUUACGUUCUCUUAUGAAUUUGGAAGAACUUGUUCUACCAAACGGAGAAGGAAUAAGGUAUACAGCUACACUGAUUGUUCAACAAUGUUUCUAUUUUCCAAAUCUUCGCAAGUUGGUGUUUUGUCAGUAUUUAAGUGCUGAAGGCCUGUUGGAAAUAGCAAAGGUAGCUGUUGCUGGAGGUUUUCAAAAACUUGAAUAUCUAUGUCUGUCAGUCAACCAUACAAUUAAUGAAGAGACUUGGAGGAAUUUCUUUCAAACAUUGUCCAACAUGCCAGACUUACAAAGUAUGGAUUUCAGUCGCCUUGCUACAAAUACAAUCGAAUGCCAAGCAACAACCGUGAAGUCUUUCGUCCGAUGUGUUUCUCGAUUGCCCAACCUCAGGGCAAUCAACAUGAUUGGCUGGUUGUUCGAUGAGAAGGAUCUCAACAUGUUUGAGAUUAUGAAAAAACAACAUCCCCAAUCAAAGGACUUAAGCUUAACUUGGAAAUGUAUAUUGCCAUUUACACCUAUUAUUAAUGAAUAAAGAAGUGGAAUGUAGUUGACUAUAUCGUAUUAACAUUAGUUAUGCCUUAUACAUAUUCUCAUUUGUCGACUUGUUGUAAAAUUUAUUCCAGUGUCAUCAUCCUAUAACUUUCUUUUUUCACAACCAGAUUCCCAUUUUUCUGAAAGCUCUUCCCCAUCAGUAUUGUUAAACCUCUGACAUAGUGUAGGUGGCUGAAAUAAUUUACUCACAGUUCAGCUGUAGCUCAACAUCACCAGCAAUUCUGUAUAUUGCUGAAACUUAGGUUUUAGGCCAGUUUUCCCAUUGAUGGGAAAGCUGAAGUAGUCCAAAUUCUGACUUGAAAUUCUGACUCGAUUAUAAAUCGAUUGAAUAAUAACCACCAUGGAGUUGGAGACCACCAUCCUAAACCUAUCUGGGAAGAAUUAUGACUAUUUUAAUCUUUUUUGUCGCAUCUGUCAGCAUUUUUUCCAUGUUACAAUUUUUUUUCCUGAUUGAGACCUAUCUACUUUAAUUCCAUAUAGUAUUUAGGCUGCUUGCAUAACUGUUUUUUCUUUCUCCUUUGCUACAUUCAGCUGGUAGAUCAUUUCUGCUGAUGUCUUAAGAUGUCCAUUCUUGUAAUAAUUUUACAAUAAUUUUAUCUUAUGUGUUGUUCUGCUGUUCUUUCAAAAUAUAAUAAACUUCAGGGAUAAGGUCAUGAUCUUGUUCAAGAUAUCUAAAACUCAGUUCACAACUUGGGCAUGGUUUACCCCGUUUAGUCUUGUGAUCCUGACCAGAAGAGUUAUCCCAAUGCAUAUUAGAAAACCCUGUUGAUUUUCUGUCUUUGAUUAUCUAUUAAGCAGGGAAACCUAAGUAUAACUUUAAUAAAUGUAAUGUAAUAUAUAUUAUACAUGUCCAUGUGAUUUAUUAGGUAUACCGCUAGCCAGUAAGCAUAGAUUAAAAUAGUAAAAUAGAUUCAUAUGGUUCAUAUAUAGUUCUGUAAUUGCUAAUGUGUGUUCAAAAUAUAAAUUAUCAUAUAAACAAUAAAAGGAGACAUGGUGUGAGACAAAACAGGUUCUUCUGCUGCUAUUGUGGCUUCCUUACUGCUUCAAAAUUGAAUCAGUGGUGAUACCAUGGGAGGUUUUUAAAAUCCUAAAGGGAAAGCAGAGUUUUCUAGUGAGCUUAAUUCAUGC